GUCAGGCAAGAUGGCCGCGCACCUGUCGUACGGGCGAGUAAACCUGAACGUGCUGCGCGAGGCGGUGCGCCGCGAGCUGCGCGAGUUUCUGGACAAGUGCGCGGGGAGCAAGGCAAUAGUGUGGGAUGAAUACCUAACAGGACCAUUUGGACUGAUUGCACAGUAUUCACUGCUAAAGGAACAUGAAGUGGAAAAGAUGUUCACACUUAAAGAAGGCCGUUUGCCAGCAGCUGAUGUCAAGAAUAUAAUUUUUUUGGUCAGACCCAGGCUAGAAUUGAUGGAUAUAAUUGCUGAUAAUGUACUCAGUGAAGACAGACGUGGCCCCACCAGGGAUUUCCAUAUUUUGUUUGUGCCACGCCGGAGUUUGCUGUGUGAGCAGCGGUUGAAGGACCUGGGUGUUUUGGGAUCUUUUAUUUAUCAAGAGGAAUACAGUUUAGAUCUCAUUCCAUUUGAUGGAGACCUCUUAUCCAUGGAAUCAGAGGGUGCGUUCAAAGAGUGCUACCUAGAAGGCGACCAGACAAGCCUGUUCCAUGCAGCCAAGGGGCUGAUGACCCUGCAGGCACUGUACGGUACCAUCCCCCAGAUCUUUGGGAAAGGAGAGUGUGCACGGCAAGUGGCCAAUAUGAUGGUCAGGAUGAAGAGGGAGUUUACAGGAAGCCAAAACUCAGUGUUCCCUGUGUUUGAUAACCUGCUGCUUCUUGACCGCAACGUGGAUCUGCUAACGCCGCUUGCCACCCAACUCACAUAUGAGGGGCUCAUCGACGAGAUUUACGGCAUUCAGAACAGUUAUGUCAAGUUACCUCCAGAGAAAUUUGCACCCAAGAAGCAGGGCGGUGGCGGGAAGGAACUUCCCACAGAGGCGAAGAAGCUUCAGCUGAACUCCGCAGAGGAGCUCUAUGCCGAGAUCCGAGACAAGAACUUCAAUGCUGUGGGCUCAGUGCUCAGCAAGAAGGCGAAGAUCAUCUCUGCGGCCUUUGAGGAACGCCACAAUGCCAAGACAGUUGGGGAGAUUAAGCAGUUCGUGGCCCAGCUGCCGCACAUGCAGGCAGCCAGGGGAUCUCUCGCCAACCACACCUCAAUUGCAGAGUUAAUCAAAGAUGUCACCACGUCUGAAGACUUCUUUGAUAAGCUAACAGUGGAGCAGGAGUUCAUGUCUGGGAUAGACACUGAUAAGGUCAACAAUUACAUCGAGGACUGUAUCGCCCAGAAGCAUCCUCUCAUCAAGGUGCUGAGACUGGUUUGCCUGCAGUCUGUGUGCAACAGUGGGCUCAAGCAGAAGGUUCUGGACCACUACAAACGGGAGAUUCUCCAGACCUACGGCUAUCAGCACAUACUGACUUUGAACAACCUGGAGAAGGCUGGUCUGCUGAAGGCCCAGACUGGGGGCAGAAAUAAUUACCCAACAAUCCGGAAGACGCUACGCCUCUGGAUGGAUGAUGUCAAUGAACAAAGCCCCACAGACAUAUCCUACGUGUACAGCGGCUAUGCACCUCUCAGUGUGCGGCUAGCUCAGCUCCUGGCCCGGCCCGGUUGGCGGAGCAUCGAGGAGGUUCUCCGCAUUCUCCCGGGGCCUCACUUUGAAGAACGGCAGCUGCUGCCCACUGGGCUGCAGAAGAAACGCCAGCCAGGAGAAAACAGAGUCACGCUGAUAUUCUUCCUCGGAGGUGUCACCUUUGCUGAAAUAGCCGCCCUGCGUUUCCUCUCUCAGCUGGAAGAUGGCGGCACUGAGUAUGUCAUUGCAACCACUAAGCUAAUGAACGGGAGCAGCUGGAUAGAGGCCCUCAUGGAAAAGCUUCCGUGAAGUGUCCACAGACGGGACAGGUUACCACAGAACGAGCUGCUUCUGGGAGCAAAAGGACAUAAAGCCAAGACGCAGGAGGACAACAGCUACAGGCUGGUGUCUGCUGCUGCUUCCUCCUUCCUCCUGCUCCCUGUGCUCUUCAUCUCAAAGAAAGGAGAGUUAGCUUGGGUAAAGAGACACUGAGCUGGCCAUGGUGGCUCAUGCCUAUGCUCGCCACAUUUAAGAGACAGAAGCAGAAGACUGCUGCAAGCUUGAGGACAGCCUGGGCUACACAGUGAGUCCUAAGCAAAAGCCCUUUCUUCCCAUAAUAAAGGAAAUCCUGUUUUGGAUUUUUAAGCUUAAAGUCUUCAUUAGCAGCUUCUAGAAAUAGUUAAGAAUGUUGCAACGAUAGCCCCAACAGCCACAUGAAUGUGCAGCCUUUAAAAAGCAGAGGCUGAGGGGCUAGAUAGGAAAACAAGUGGGAAGUCUGACUUCUGACCCACAGUAUUUUGUUCUGGAAGAUGAGCUGUGCCCAAAAUAGUGGUUUUGUGUUGAGGAUAAGCCAGUGCUGUCGAGUGUUUGCCCUUUGCUGCAGAUAAGAGCACAUUCAUGUCUCUACCGACGGGAUCCCAAGGCAAGCUUUGUUUCCUUCUGAAAAACAGACGCUUGAAGGAGCAUCUUGGCGUAACAGAGUCUCUGCUGUCUGACUCAGCUGGUAGGUUCUCUGCCCACAAUGGACUCUGAUGAAGAGUGAGCUGACCCCCAGGCAGCUUCUGCAGACUGACCGUUCGAAGGCAGGGCUGAGCGUGUUCACAUUGUUAACGCCGAGACUUGCAGUGGAGAUGCCGCUGUUGGGGCUGUUUCCUUUCAUGUCCAUGUGGGCCCAGCAUCCAGCUGGUCCUAUCGUGAGCAGACAGCUCUUCCCUUUCUUCAGUAUCGGGCAGCUCUGCAUGGUAGCUGCCUCAUGCAGCUUCUAGCCCUGUAGCUGUAUUCAGCUUCACACAUGCCUCUUGCUUGAGGAUAGUCAACUGAUCAGCCCCUGGUCUGGUGACAGAAGCCGCUACAGUCAGUCUCGGUCCGCACGAACAGGUGCCCCAGCUGCAGGGACUGAGCCCCAGCCCAGAGCAGGCCUGUGGGUGUAGCCAGCAGCUUGUGUGUGUGUGUGCCUGCCUGCCGAUCGCCUCAGCAUUUGGAGGAUUUACGAGCGCCAAGCAGGGACCAAGUUGAUGGCUUUUCUGUCACAAUCCAAGUCUCCAAAAAAGGUAGCCUGUCUCAGCAUUGCCCGGGUCCCAUCCUAGGUGUGGUUUCUGUGGUUAAUAAUUUUCCUUUCACUUUUUUCAUGUAGAAUUGGGAACAAUCUACUUCAUGUUGUAAGUGAAAGGCAUUGUGUAUUUAAAAAAUAAAACAACUUAGGAAUGAAGGGCGGCAAAGACAACAUUUGUUUCUCCUGGAGUUAAUUCAGCCUUGCAGGGUGGAGGGACGGGGCACUCCCAAUGGGGACAUCCUUGCAUAGAAAUGUUUUUCUCAUUCUUGUUAUUCCGGGGAGAUUAGUUUUUACCUUUGAGCCCCAGCAGUGGCUCGUCUCAGCUGCCAGAGACAACCUCAUCCGCAGUGCUUUCUACUCCUGGGAUUUGGUGCAGGUCCGCUGAGGUCUCCUUGGCUGGGGUGUUUGUCCAGUGAGCAGAUACUCAGUUGUUGCUGAGUCUAUAUUUGCUUGCUCAGAGCAUAGCAAGGUCAGCGUCUAAAAAUGUACCCAGCAGAAGACCCUUUUAAAAACCACACACCUGCUUCAUUUGUAUACAAAUAGAAAGCAGUGGUAAGCGUUUGAUGUAAGUUCUCUUAGUACAGAGCUGUCUUUGUCUCCUAAGAGUGUACUCUGAGAAAGGGUGUGGGAACGGAACACUUACUCUAAGAGGGGGUGGAUUGCUUACACCUUGUGUGGACUUUGUUGAGUUUGUUUGAUGACCACUUUGCUACACCAGCUGUCCUCAUUAAAAACAUCUACAUAGAUGCUA